AAACAUGAAAAGCAAGCAUGAUCCAACGUGGACCACCGCGCAGAGGCGCCUCAACAAAAGCAAUCCCAACCACUCGCUAACUUAAUUCAACGGUGUAAAAUAUCAUACACGUUCUCAAAAGUUCGCACGUGUUAUGUAUAGGUUCCCUCGCUACGCGCUUACUCUGUACUACCCUAAAAAUUAUUCCCACCAUUUACGAAUUCUUUUUGCCCUAUUUUCUUCUAUUUUGCUGUAGGAAAGAGAAAUCCUACGCAGAUAGGAAAACCAGAGAAAAUUUUGCACCUUUUGCAGUAUAGAUCUGGCCGCGAAAGUGAAGUAACGGUGGUGAUGGUGGUGGCCGGUUGCGGUGUUUGCGUCGUAGGCUGAUUUAGAAGUUAUGACCUCAGCAAAAUCUUGGCAGAAGGUGCAUCAAUUUAUUUAUUAUACAUCUUGGGCAUAUAUAUUAAAGAAUGGCAGAUGGAAUAUCAAGUUUCUGGGGUCCUGUAACAUCUGCUGAUUGGUGUGAGAAAAAUUAUGUCUAUUCUUCUUAUAUUGCAGAGUUCUUCAAUACAAUAUCAAAUAUCCCAAGCAUUCUGUUGGCGCUCAUUGGCCUCAUAAAUGCCCUAAGACAACGUUUUGAGAAGAGGUUUAGCAUACUUAACAUAUCUAAUAUGAUACUUGCCAUUGGAAGCAUGCUGUACCACAGCACCUUACAACGCAUGCAACAACAAGGUGAUGAAACACCAAUGGUUUGGGAAAUGCUUUUGUAUUUCUACAUCCUUUAUUCUCCAGAUUGGCACUACCGUAGUACAAUGCCCACCUUCUUGUUCUUAUACGGGGCUGCAUUUGCAGUUUUUCAUGCAUUGGUUCGUUUUGGAAUUGGUUUUAAGGUGCACUAUGCAAUCCUUUGUCUUCUCUGCAUACCCCGGAUGUACAAAUACUACAUUUACACAAAGGAUGUGUCCGCAAAGCGGCUUGCAAAAUUAUAUGUGGGUACCAUAUUCUUGGGGAGUCUUUGUUGGCUCUUGGAUCGCAUUCUCUGCAGUGAUAUUUCUCAGUGGUACUUCAACCCACAGGGACAUGCUUUAUGGCAUGUCUUCAUGGGCUUCAAUUCAUAUUUUGCUAACACUUUCCUGAUGUUUUGCCGUGCUCAACAGUUAGGGUGGAAUCCAAAAGUUGUCCACUUCAUGGGUUUUUUCCCAUAUGUUAAGGUUGAAAAACCGAAGACCCAGUGAGAGAUGCUAUCCCUCAUUUGGAGGUAGAUAUAUGGUUUUGGCAGAUGAACAAGCAAUAGCGGUCAAUUUUUUUCUUUUCUUUUAAGUGGAUGUAAAUGGUAGUUGAAUAUUGAGAUCAUCAGUUGGAUUUUGGUUAAUUGAAGUUGUAUAACUAGUGGUUUUGCUUAGAAAGAAAAUGUAUGGUCAGUGUACCAUAUAUUAAUUUCAGAUCAAAUAGGUCCUUCAUUCUCCAAACUUGAAAAUGUAUGCUUGAUGUAUUUGUUUUGUGAUUAAACAUGGAUAGCGUGAAAUGCGUCAAGUUGCAA